GCCGCGGAGCCGGCGCGGUUCAUGGAGGGCGCCGAGGAGGCACCCGAGGAGGGCUUCUACCAGCGGUUCGCGGACGAGCUGGAGGUGCUGGCGGAGCUGGGAGAUGAUCCCUUUCCACCCAGCGGCCCCCAAAUCUCCCGGUUCCGGAGCAAGAAGCAGCCGCCGGAGGAGCCUGAUCCCUCCGGGGACCCCGUCGGGGACCCCAACCCCGCGAAGAGGGAGCGGGGCUGCGAUCGCCCCGGUUCCCCUCCAUCCCCCGGAGCCCGCACCCCGAAGCCGAAGCGCCAGCGGCUGGAAGCUGUUAAGAAGCUGAAUUUUGGUGCAAAUGAUGAGUUUUCUCCUGAUGACCUCCAAGAUGCUGCCCGGGGGGCACCUCAGGCUGCCAGCUUGGAUCCCCUGGAGAUGAGUGGCAUGGUGCCUCUCCAGACUACACCACCCUCUGAGGUCAAAAGGGUCCUCAAACGGGCACCCAUCCUGGAGGACUACAUCAACGUGACAUCCACCCAGGGCACCAGGGUCUUCAUGGUCUUGAGGGAUGAGCCUUUCAGGACAGGAGUGGAGCUCCCUGAUUCCCUGGGCUGGAACACCCGCAGGCCACUCCACUUGCUGGGGGUGCCUUUUUCCUACCUGAAGGAACAAGUGGAUCAGGAGCGCCGAAGGCAUCUUCAGGAGGCAUCACAGCAGCUGACAGAGAUAAUAAACAGUUGCCUGGAGAGUGAGAGCAGCACCCAGAGCCCCGAGCCCCACGGGGAAGGGGACCCAGGAGCUGAGGAGGAGUCAGCACUGCAUUGCCUCUGGGUGGACAAGUUCACUCCCCAGCGCUACAUGGAUCUGCUCAGUGAUGAUUACACAAACCGCUGCCUUCUGAAGUGGCUGAAGCUCUGGGACACGGUGGUGUUUGGGAAGGAGAAGGCUGUGAAGAAGUCCAGGCCCAAAGCUGAGCCUCGUCCUCCAUUCAGCCAAGCCAAGGAGCAGCAGAACAAGUGGAAAACAAAGGUCCAGCUCACAGAGGAGAUUCUGGAGGCUGAGCUGGACCAGCACAAGAGACCCAAAUACAAGGUAGCCCUGCUCUGUGGCCCACCUGGCUUGGGAAAGACCACCCUGGCCCAUGUCAUUGCCAAGCAUGCAGGGUACAACGCUGUCGAGAUGAACGCCAGUGAUGACCGCAGCCCUGAGGUUUUCAGGACUCGCAUUGAAGCUGCCACCCAGAUGAGGUCUGUGCUGGGGGCCAACGAGAAACCCAACUGCCUGAUCAUCGACGAGAUAGACGGCGCGCCCGCGGCAUCCAUCAACGUUCUGCUCAGCAUCAUCCAGCACAAGGAUGGGGAGGGGGAGGCGGGGGCCCGGAGGAGGCGGCGGGAGGGGGGGCUGCUGCUCAGACCCAUCAUCUGCAUCUGCAACGACCAGUACGUCCCUGCCCUGCGCCCGCUGCGGCAGCAAUCCUUCCUGCUCACCUUCCCCAGGACCUCUCCCUCCCGGCUGGCCCAGCGACUCUGUGAGGUCACCCUGCAGCAGGGCAUGCGGGCGGACAUGGGCGCGCUGCUCGCCCUCUGCCAGAAGACAGAGAACGACAUCCGCUCCUGCAUCAACACCCUGCAGUUCCUGCAUGGCCAAGGCCAGAAGGAGCUGAGUGUGCAGAUGGUGCAGACGAUGAGGAUUGGCUUGAAGGACCAAAACAAAGGGCUCUUCUCCAUCUGGCAGGAGAUCUUCCAGCUCCCGAAGGUCCAAAGGCACAGGAUAGGAAUGGACCCUGCUUUGCCAAUCCAGCUCCUGGUGGGUGAUGAGGACCUCGGGAGGAUGGGUGCCCUCACCGCCUCCUCCCACCGCUUCCACCACAUCCUGCACCUCGCCGUGUCCUCGGGGGAGCAGGAGAAGCUGGCCCAGGGGCUGUAUGAAAAUUUCCUGAACAUGAAGUUGAGGGACUCCAGCUUGAGCUCGGUGUGCUUGGCCCUGGAGUGGUUGGGUUUCUCUGACCUGCUCAGCAGAGCUGUCCUGCAGGGCCAGAACUUCCAGCUGCUCCGUUACCUCCCCUUCCUGCCCGUGGCUUUCCACCUCCUCUUCGCGGCCACCAACGUCCCUCGUUUGGCUUAUCCCAGCAGCCAGCAGGAUGCCCUGGCCAAGCUGCAGCACAUGCAGAACCUGGUGGUGGCCAUGGUGUCGGGGAUAACGCCCAGCGCCCGCAGCCGUGCGGGGCAGCAGUCCCUGGUCCUCGAGGUGCUCUGCCUGCUGCUGGACAUCAUCGCCCCCAAACUCCGCCCGGUGAACACCCAACUCUACAGCCAGAAGGAGAAGCAGCAGCUGGCAGACCUCAUCAGCAUCAUGCUGGCCUACAACCUCACCUACCACCAGGAGCGCCUGCCUGAGGGCCAGUAUGUCUACAAGCUUGACCCGAACCUGGAGGAUGUCUGCAGAUUCCCGGAGCUGCCGGCUCGCAGGCAGCUCAGCUACCAAGCCAAGCAGCUGAUUGCCAGGGAGAUUGAGCUGGAGAAGAUGAGGAGGAUGGAGGCUUUGCUGCAGGCACGAAACCUGAGCCAGGAUCCCAGGAGCAGUGAGGGGGAGAAGCAGGGGGGUGGGAGGGCAUCUGUGCCCCCCAACCACCAGCAGCACCUGGAGAGCAUCAUCUGGAGGGCAAAGGUGGAGGACAAGCCUGAGACCGACUUCUUUGGGAGACCCCUUCAGAGGGUGACCCCAGCCCCAGUCCCCCAGGGCCCCGAGGAGGAGGGGCUGGAGAGGCAGGUGGGGAAGGCAGUGGGGCAGAGUGAUGUCUGGUUCCGAUUCAACGAGGGGGUGUCCAAUGCUGUCAGGAGGAACAUCUACAUCAGGGACCUGCUCUGACACCUCCAGGUGACCCCCAGGGACUUCUUUGGGUGGCACUGAAGGGAUAAGUUGGGUUUCUUACCCCUGGAAGGGCUGUGUCCUUAGUUCAUGUUUGGGGUUUUGGGUUUUUG